AUGAGUACAGUUGUCAUGGAGACGCUUCAGGUGUGCAUUGUGUUUUGUUGUACCUGUAUGCUGCAGGUUUUCGCGUGUCCGCAAGAAUGCAUGUGUUCAGAAACACACGUCAACUGCUAUGGGAGAAAACUCCAUAACAUUCCUCUUGACAAUCCAACAGAUACAACAAAAUUGGACUUUGGAAAUAACGAAAUUGAACGAAUUGACUCCACGAGAUUUGUAAGCCUGACAAAACUACAGGAGCUGGUGCUAAAAUACAACAAAAUUACCUCACUUGAACUGGAAACAUUUAAAUAUUUGAAAAAUAUGGAAAAACUUGAUCUUGGAAGCAACAACAUACAAAUUAUUGAAAUAGGUGUUUUUGAUGAUGUUCCAAAACUGAAAGAAAUCGAUUUAUCGGAAAAUUUCAUCGAAAAUAUCGACAAUGUGUUUCGUGGUUUACAAAAUUUGGAGAGAAUUGAUCUAGGCAGCAACAAAAUAAAAGUAAUUACCAAAAUGGCAUUCAGGGAUUUGAAACAUCUCAGCUACCUUCUUCUACCGAACAACGAGAUAACCAAAAUCAACCGGUUUGCCUUUCGACCUCUUCAGAGCUUAACAUGGAUCACUCUGACGAGAAACCCGUUAAAAAAUGCAAACGCUCUAUUCGUGAAAAACCAACAGCUUUUGUAUAUUGAUCUGACGCAGUGUGCCCUAACGCGCAUCCCAAGGAAGUUCCCGCCGUCAGUUCAAUAUCUACAGCUGGGCAAAAAUAACAUAACUCGAAUAAAGGCGUGUGCUUUUUCCCGUAAUACAAAAUUAAAGAUUUUAGUGCUUGCCCAAAAUGAAAUAAAUGUUAUCGAUAAGGGAGCAUUCGGGUCAUUGAAAGACCUGUGCGAAUUGCGGUUGAAUGACAAUAAAUUAACGAAAUUCCCAUCGCCAUUUCCAUCAGCCGUGAAGUCUGUCUAUAUAUCCAGAAACAAAAUCCAGCAAAUUUCGUACAACGAUUUUCCUGCCAAUUCCCAGCUUACUACCCUGUUACUUAAAAGCAAUGAAAUUUCAAAACUACAACCAGAUAGUUCAUCUACAGAAGUAACCAUGGUAACUCAGAAAAGGAACCAAUUGCAGGAAGCACGAGAACAAGGUGUACAGACAUUUGUUAUGACUACAAACAUGCAUAGAGAAACACGUGAUAUGCAAACAGAACGCCCACCUAAAGAGGAUGAAGGUAGCUUUAAAUUACCCCCUGUCAACAGAAGAAAUAACGAGAAUAGCGUAACAUUACCUUCCAUCAGUGGAAGCAAUGACGAGAGUAACUUAACAUUACCUCCCAUCAAUGAAAGAAAUAAAACUCAUCAAACAUUGAACAUCCCAGAAGACGAAGUAUACUUUGAUACUGCACACACCAGUGAGAACGGUGAGAAAAAAGAGGGAAAUGUUAACAUAAAUAAUGGUCGCAGGAGAAACAGUUCUGAUUUUCCAAACGACCGGUAUCCAUUCCCCAAAGAAAUCCCGACAAAGAGUCGCACAAUCUAA